ACAAAGUGUCAAGUCAAAGUAAUGUAUUUAUAUAUGGUGUAGGUGUAUUUUAUUUAAAUUAUUGAUAUAUAAGAAAAACGUAGUUAUAAAUAAAACAAACAAUAUCCCAAGAUGAUUUAACAUCUAAGCCUUCUAAUCAUCAUGUAUUCGUUAUUUGUUUUAUUAUUUUUAAUACAAGCAUCACGAACUUCCACAGAGGGAUACUGUGGAUCAUACCAUGGCAAUAUAUGCAAAAAUUAUAUUUUAAACACAAAACAAGUAUGGUACAAUAACAGCGGAGGAUACGAAAACGAAUUAAUAACUACGGCAUUGUGGGAUGAAUUAAUCCUUCCAUUAGAGGAACCAUGUCGUUCAGCAGCAGAAGAAUUACUUUGUUUCUAUGCAUUUCCAGACUGUAAUGUUUCUAAACCUCUUCCCCUUUGUCAUCAAGACUGUAUAGCUGUGAAGGAGCUUUUUUGCUACAAAGAUUGGGCUCUUAUAGAAGACAGAAAGGAUCAAGGUAUCUUUGUAAAAUCCAGAGGACAUUUUCGGCUACCAGACUGUUCAAUACUUCCAAAAUAUAACAAAAAUUCCGUCGAGUGUUCAUAUGCUGGAUUAACAGAAUUAAAAUUAGAUGAAGUCACUUAUGAUUGUGUGAAAGGUAGAGGUAGGUUUUAUCAAGGUAAAGUUAAUGUUACUAAAAACGGUAUUCCUUGCCAAAGAUGGGACUCUCAAACACCCCAUACUCAUGACUCGCCGCCAAAUAUCUUUCCUGAGUUGAAAAAUGCUGAAAAUUACUGUAGAAAUGCAGGAGGUGAAGAAAAGAGACCUUGGUGCUUCACUACAAAUCCUGAUUAUAGAUGGCAACAUUGUGAUAUACCUCGUUGUCCUAAUUCCACAAUAGAUGAAGUUGAUACUAAAACUAUAGCUAUGGAUCAACUAUUAUCCCCAACAUUUUUAAUAAUUGUGUCCACAGUAAGCCUUUUAGUACUUUUACUAAGUUUGUUAUUGAUACUACUAUGUUAUAGAAUGUAUAAACGACAUGCAAUGGGUUAUAAUGCCCCAGAGAUUGCUGAAGUAAAUAUAGAUUUAGAUAAAUUACCCAGUAAUAUGGCUUAUCAUAGUCAUGGAGCUACCUUGAAUCCAAAAUUGGAAAAGUUGGAAUUUCCUAGAAAUGAUAUAAUUUACAUUAAGGAUUUGGGACAAGGUGCAUUUGGAAGUGUUUUUCAAGCAAAAGCUCCAGGGUUGAUACCUGGUGAAGAAUUUACUAUUGUUGCAGUUAAAAUGUUGAAAGAAGAUGCAUCAGAUGAUAUGCAAGAUGAUUUUGAAAAAGAAGCUUGCUUGUUGGCUGAAUUUGACCAUCCAAACAUUGUUAAACUUCUUGGAGUAUGUGCUGUUGGUAGACCAAUGUGUCUAUUAUUUGAAUUUAUGGGAAAAGGUGAUCUGAAUGAGUUUUUGAGACAGUGCUCUCCAAGUAACUAUGUAGUACGAAGUGUAAUAGACAGUAACUCGCCUAGUAAAGACAUUUAUAAAGACAACCAAUUAAAUAAUUUGGAUAAGCUCAAUAUAGCUUUACAAAUUGCCUCAGGUAUGGUAUAUUUAUCCCAAAGAAAAUUUGUUCAUAGAGACUUAGCCACUAGAAACUGUUUGAUAAGUGAAGAUAUGGUUGUAAAGAUAGCUGAUUUUGGCUUAUCACAAAAAAUAUACCUCCAAGAUUAUUACAAAGGUAGUGACAGGGAUGCUAUACCAGUAAGGUGGAUGCCCCUAGAAAGCAUUCUUUAUAACAAAUAUACACCUGAAUCUGAUGUAUGGGCAUUUGGUGUGUGCUUGUGGGAAAUAUUUUCCUAUGCUCUACAACCGUACUAUGGGAUGACCCAUGAAGAAGUUAUCAAGUUUUUAAAAGAUGGUAAUGUGCUUGCAAGUCCUGACGGUUGUCCAGCUCCAAUUUAUGAAGUAAUGAAGCAUUGUUGGGGGCCCAAACCAGUUGAUAGACCUAGUUUUCAGACAAUUUACCAAACCAUGAUUGAAAUAAGGAAUAAUAUUCUUGCAAUGCCUUUACAUUGAGUAAUUAAUUUGAGGUUGACUGCUAAAAAAAUAUUAAUUUAAGUAUUAUCCAGAAUCUAACUGAAUUUCAAUGUUACUAGCAAUUUAGCUGCUCAAAAAAUAUGUUAGGUUAGUGUCUUGAUUGGCAUCUCCAUGGGCAUUGUUAUUAUAUAUUAUAUUUCUUUGAUCUAUUUUAACAGUGCAACCUUAAUACAAGGAAUUCCUUAGUUUAACAAAUUCUUCGUAAUUCCCUUAAAUUGUUCAUAAGAGUCAAUGUAAAAUAUACCUUUACAUUGCGAACAUUUUCUGAAAAUAACCUCUUUAUAACAACUACCAAUAAAAAGUAUAAAUACUUCUAAUUAACCAAUUUUGUCACUCCAAAAUUCUUGUAGUAUGUGAUUCAUGUUGUGACAGGCUUUUGUUCAUAAAACAAACAUUUUUAUUUGAUUUGUUUACCUCUUUAUAACGAGUUUUAGACCAACAAAACCUCAACAUAACAAUUUUUCAACUAAUUACUUGAAAUAACGAAUAUUUACUUAUUCCUGAUUUGUUAUAUCGAGGUUGCACUGUGAUAAUAAUGUUUUUUUUUCCAAAAAUUAAAAAAAUGCAGCUAUUAAAAAUAUAUUGAGAUAAAAAUAAAUUAGUGGUAUAAUAAUGAAAGGACAAUACUACUGCAACUGUCUUUCAUACAUUCCAGUCCAUAAUGUUCAAAAGAAAUAUGAAACAAAAUAUAAUUUGCAUGAUUAUAAUAAGUUGUAAUAUGUAAUUUUAAUAAUACAAAAAACAAAAUGGAAGUAUUGAAUGGAACAAAUAGAAUUUCGUUAAAAAAAAUUCAUAAUUCACCUAUAAAAGGUGGUUCACAAUUAUGUACAUUAAUUUCUAUUACUUUCAAAUGGUACUUCUUUAUGCAAUCUAAAUAAUAAGUGAGAUUUAACCCUUCAAAUAGUCAAUUCAAAAUUUUGUUUUUUCAAAUAUCUGCCAAACGCUUUUGAUUACUAAGUUUAUGUUGUGGAAGUGAUCAAAAGACAUAACGAUGAUUCAUUUUAUGCCACCACUCAACUGAUUUUAUAAGAAAAAACAAAAGUACAUUAUGUACAUUAUAUCUAAAAUUGUAGUAUCUGUCAAUCAUUGCAGGAGGAAACUAUUUCUCUGAAUAUUUGAAAAUUUAUCAAAGAAUGUAAUAGGGUAGGUGGUGAUAUGUAAUUGAUUAUGCCAAAGUCUUGAGCUAAUACCCACAUUAAGAACUCUAUAAUUAAAACAAAUAUAUACUGAUUCUCUUUAAUCCAUACAGUUAAUUAAAACCAUAUUCACCGACCAUCCAAUAGUUCAAAACAUUCACGUCAUCUACCAAACCCCAUUGCUCUAGAUAUCACAAACCACAAAGAAUCCUCCUGAAAUUCCAGUUCAAGUUGCCAAUGAUCUAAAGAAUAACUUCAAAUACAAGAAUCUUGGCGUGAUAUAUUCAACAAGAGUACUACAACAUUGUACAACCAUCCAUCGAACUACUUCUCACCUGUCUCUAAACUUUUUGACUAUUUGAUGUCGUCAGAAAGUCGUCCUAUCUGCCAAAGUUGUCUCAUUUCUGUGAUUGUUAAGCACAUCCUCACUAACUGCAGAGAAUGUUCUACCAUAUACCAGCAAUUUGAUAUGAAAACCAACCUCAAGGAGACACUUAACUGCCAGACAGAAAUGAAAAAAAUCCUAGAGUUUAUUAAAGCAACCAAGCUGUUUGAGAAAAUAUAAUUAAUUUAUGUAUGGUAAUAGAUUAUGUAACAGUCCUUUAUUCAACUUAUGUAUAAUGAUUGUUUUUGUGUGCCAAUGACCAGCGGUGUCGGGGCAAGUUAAACUGAAAUGGAAAAAAAAUUAAAACCGUUCGACAGAUAUUUGAAAAUAUAAACUUUUAAUUCACAACUUUAAUCAUUGUACUCUAAUUUUUGAAUGAACUGUCAGCUCUAAAAAUUAAUAUACAAUGUUAAGGACAUACCUUUAUAUUUUGAUCUGUGAAAAUUAGUAGAUUUUAAGUUCUAUCAAUAUUUUCUGAUAAGUUCUCUAUGGUAUUGUGAUUUUGAAACGUUUUACAGCAAGUGUUCAAAUUUGAAGAUACCUUUUGUUUUAUAGGAACUUUUAACGUUCCAUUUUAAUUUUAAAUAUUAUUAUAUUGGUACUUUAUUUAUUUUAAAAUACUGUAUAAUUAAUGUUACAUCCUGUUAUAUCUUAUUCAUUUUUCAUGUUAGCUUUUUACAUUCCUUGUACCAUUUGUAUACUUUAAGUCAAAUUUGUAUUACAUAAGUAAAUAAUGUUGUAUUGCUUAAAUAUGAAUUUGAAAUUUGGAAACUUUUUAUUGUCAUUAGAAAAUAUUAAUGUAAGAAGUGAAUGUGAUCUUAUAUAUAUAUUUAACUACUACCAAUAUGUAAUAUCAAACAUUACGAUACUAAUAUGAGUUUCGUGAUGAGAUACUUUACCGCACUAGUGGAAUGAAGUCAUGAAUAAAAAAUUGAACCUCAUUUAUUAUAAUAAUAAAACACAAAACCUGUUCAAUUAGUGAUAUGUAUUCCAGCUGCCGUGGCAUUUGAAGAAUUGUAGUUUUUAAUUUCAAUUGAAUUUUUUUCCGCUUCAAAAAAGCCAAUAGCUGUGAAUAUUUACUUAUGUCUACAUUUUUCUUCACAGAUAUCGUUGUUCUCAGCAUACUAUAAUGUGUCCAAUGAUGAUGCCUUUUCUUUUCCAGCAUUCUCAGCAAAAUAAGCUAAUAAAAUUUUCUCCUAUAUAUCACGUUCUUUUUUUGAACUGCACCAGUCGUCGAAUCGCUUAUAUUCUUUUUCGUAUCUAUUGCGGGAUUUAGCGGGUACUAGGGUAUGUAUUGCGUUAUUUGCAGCAAGUUUUAUAUCUGAAUCCACACUUUCAUAUGUCGAUACAAUUAUACCAAACUGAAGUGAACGCGUCACAAUUGACAGUUCCCAAAAUAAAUCAACAAUGAGCGCAACGUUUGCUUAUUACACGAUUCUAAUAUCAUUAAUUUCAGGAAUAUUAACUAAUUUUGAGUAAAUAAUUAACAUUAUUGGUAGUAGGUAAAAUAAUGUACUAUAUUCGUAUCGUAAAUUCAUAUUAGAUUAAUUAAUUCCUCAUCUCAUUUCGUAAUAUGAAUCUUUACGACACUUAUAUCGUAAAUAUUUAUUGCCGUAUUAUGUAAUUUAUUGUAAUAUUACUUACAACGAUUUUUACACUCCUUAUUAUUGACCAAAAAAUAUGUUAAGGAUCUUUUAGCUGCGUGUAGGUGUUCGAUAUAAGUACAUA